ACACGCUGCUGCCCAGCGCCCCGGCCCGCCGGGGUGGAGGGGAACGCGCCGCCGUGCAGUGCCUGCCUGGGGAGUGGGGGGUGGCAGCUUGUCUGUGUGCCGCUCUCUGUGUGUCCUCCACAGUGUUUUCCUGGGGACGCGGGGCAGAGGUGCGUUGCCACUCACCACACAGGUCUUGCCGGUCCCGGCAGUUCUUUCUAUUUGCUCUUUGUGGUGCUUGUGGUCGUGGGAGAGGGAUCAUCCCAGUCCUGUCCAGCUGCUAGAAGUUUUUUUUGGCUGCGUUUCAAUGAGACUUACAGUUUUCCAAGCUAUACAUUUACAUGUACUUUUAUUCUUCUAGGUAUGUUUUGAGAACCUGCUGGAUCCAAUAUGGCUUUGAUUAGCCAAAAAAGUUUCCAGUUUUAUUCAUCCAGUACACCAGCAAGGAGGUUCAUUUUGAUGACUCUAAGCAAAAGGUUGAGCUUUAUCAGUGGACAGCGAGAGCCCCAAAACUGUAGCUCUGUAGCCAUGAGGAAGCUAUGUUUCAGAGAUAAAUCUCAGUAUGUGUUUUGUAGAAAAAAACACGUACAACUACGGAUGCAGUCUCUUUCAGUUAAUGAAACUGCGUAUCUUUGUGGAGAUACUGAGAGCAGUACUAAAUCUAAUAACAUGUGGAUAGAUGAACAACUAUUUUUCAAGAAGUUGAACAGCCUUUGUACAUCGAAAGAGAUUUUUGACUUUCUUAGCUCUCUGGAAGUCAUGUCUGACACUAUGGCCUCAGGAGCCCUGCAGAGGAUUUCUGAAGUUGAGGUGGAUGGCAGUGGUCUGAAAAACCCUGAAGGAGUGUUAGAGAAUGAAGUUUUCAGGGCAUUAUGCUUCCAGUUUGAAUUUGAAUCCUCAAAACUGUCAAACACUGGGCUGCUGAAUGCAUUGCAAGCUUUGAUAAAACUACAUAUAGAUCCCCAGAGUACACUGAUGGCAAGCUUGCUUGCAGAGUGUGAGGAACGGCUUGGUAAAGGACAGCUGACUACUAAAAAUCUGUGUGCUUUCGGAGAGAGCUUGCUUGAGUUGGAAGGCCCAAGUUGUGCGAUGCUGGAACAAAUUGUGAACCACAUGCAAGCAAAAGACGUUGCGAAGUGGAGUCCUAGAGAAAUAGUGAUGGUUUAUAGGAUGCUUCAGGUGACUGUCAGGGAAGGGGAAAAAUACCAAGGCUUUCUGGACAGACUGAACAGUGUCACUUUAACCAUAGUUUCCCAGCUAAGCCCAGAGUUCACAAGCAUAAUACUGAAUUCACUGGUUGUUCUUCAUCAGACUCGGGCAGUUCGCUUAGUCACAGCACUGUGUAAACAUUCUGUGAAGCAUACUCCAUAUUUCACUGAUGAUGAACUGGUAAAUGUACUGGAAGCCUUCCUAUACUUUGGACAUCGGGAACAGAUUUUUACAGAGGCACUGGAAACACACAUUCCCAAGUCCAUCUUCACUAUGCAUCCUCAAACAGUCAGCAAAGUCAUGCACUACUGCUGCCAAAAGAUGAUCCUUUCUAAGCCCAUCUUUGAUGCAGCGGCAGAAGGUUUCAUUUCUGAUGCUGACAGAUUUACCACUGACCAGAUUGCUGGGUAUAUUAUACCGUUUGGGACUCUUAACUAUCUGCCUCCAAGUGCUUCUUCCUUGUUUAGGAAGCUUGAAAUGGUACUGCAUACUCGCCUUAGUCACUUUCAGCCUCACACCUUGCUGAGCCUGCUACACUCGUGUGUCCUUAUUCAACGUUACCCAGUAAAUUUUCUGCCAAAAAUAUUUAGUCCUUAUUUUCUGCAACAGCUUCAAGCUCAGCCACCUGGUUUGGACAGAAUUGCUACCUCCCAGCUAACCCAGCUUUUUCUGACUGUUACCCUGGAGUGCCCAUUUUAUGAGGGUCCCAAACUCCUUCCAAAGUACCAAGUAAAGGCUUUUUUCAUGCCUCACAGUUCUCAGGAUGUUCACCUCCUCAAGAGGGUGAAGACUGGAUUACUUUAUUUACUGAAAAAAAGAAUAUAUUUUGCAUCAGAGGUAUCAACACCAUAUUUCUAUAUGGUUGAUAUUGAGAUUAAAUUAGAUGAAGAAGGUUUUGUAUUGCCUGCUACCCAGUGCGAAGAGGUAUACAGACGAAUUGCCCUCUGUGUUGAUGGUCAAAAUAGAUUUUGUGUUAAUAGCCACAAUCUUUUGGGAGAAGAAGCUAUUAAACAGAGACAUCUUCAGUUGCUCGGUUAUGAAGUUGUGCAGAUUCCAUUUUUUGAGAUAGAGAGUCUACAAAAUUCCAGAAAAAUGGCAGAAUAUCUACACAAAAAAAUCUUUCCUCAUACAUGUAGACUCAGCUGCUGACACUGGAGAAAAAUAUUAAAUCAUAGUUGACCUUCUGUACUGUAAAGUGUAAAUGUUGCGCAUGGAAGAACAAUUCUGUUUUAUAAAUAACUCCACCUAAGAUAAUUUGAGCUUCUGAAUAUGAGAACUUCCAAUAUUUGGGACAAUUGAUAUGUAAAGAGUAAUAAAGAACAAUGUAUUUUCAUAAGUCUUGUGUCAGUAUUUAUUUUAAGUUAACAGAUUUAAGUGUCAGACAGUCAGUGCUGUGUUUCUUUUGUACUUUCACUGGUUCUAACAAACAGCUGCAAAUGGACAGAUGUGAGUAUUAAAGGAUACUGGCUGGUCUGAAUGUACAGAAUGUGCCAUGCUACCUACCAAUCAGGGCUUUUCUUGACAGAAUAAAAAGAAAUUGUGCAAUUCACUCAUAGCUGUUUGUGUGAUUUCCGAAAUGUUUUGUAAAACUAAAAUUUGCAGUAGUUGCAUAAGCAGUAUUGGCUUAUUGCUCAUACUUCAGAGACAGAGAGUGCUGUUCACUAAAUAGCAAUGCCUUACAGAAAAUUAGAGCAUUUUCAUUAAAAAGAUUUGCUUUACUUUGUAAAAGAACAGCUGCCACAGGGUCAUGGACUUGCACAGCUGUCUCUGUGGGGGCCACCCAAAGUUCCGGAUAUGUACUAUUUGUAGUUUUGUCUUUGGUGGCAGUUUUAGCUCAGCUGUCUAAAACGGGGUCAUGUAUGCGCUCCAGCGUUCCUUCAGUUUACAGCCUGCCACUCAAGCCUAAACUCAAACUCAUUUCGCUCUGAAGCUCAGAAGAACUAUGUCCUAUGCAGUCCUUUUCUGUGUACGAGUAUAAAUUCUGGCAGAAGGGUGGAACUGAGAACUGAAACUAGUAAUCACUUCAGCUGGAACGAGUGUUCCUAACUUGGGUCAGUGUGUUGCUUUGUAGAUGGAUGAAGGCAAAAUAAUAUGGCCUUAGUUC